AUGACCCCGCCGAUGACCGACAGCCGCAACCACCUCCAUCAACAGUCCUCCUCCGCCAACCGCCGGCGACCGCCAAGAGCCCAGCCGAUUAGUCGAUACUGUCGCCACAGUUCGCCGCCGCCGCCAUCCCCCAACCAAGUCCGCCACAACCAUCACAGAUCCACAGACGGUUCACCACAAAACUCGCCAUUGCCGACCUCAGCCGUCUCCCACCAUAUAUCCGCCGUCGUCACUGUAUGUCUCGAAGUACGACCUCAUCAUCUUGCUCGAAGGCGGUAUCCCAACCUCGAGCGCCGGUCACGGAUCUGGCAGGUGGUUCCUCGGCGAGAUCCCAAGGAACAUCUGAAGGUUAAAAAACCUCACGUCCUUCAAAUACAACGCGGCGGUGAGAGAAGUAUGGCGGCGGCGGCGGCGGCGGGGCUAACAGUGCACCAAUUUCACGGCGGAACGUGGAGCUUCCGGCGGGGCAACAACAGCGACAGUGGAGUUGUGGUAUCCGCCAUUAGCAGUUCAUGGAAGAUGAUUGUGAGAGGACUGACGGACGUGGCCGACGAGGUCCUCCACGGCUAA